UUUGCGACAACAGUGUGACAUUUAUAAAUAUUCAAUUUUUUGUUUUAUUGAAAUUCAAACUCGCGAUGUCGCGAUCUAUUUUUCGGUAAAAUCGCGGUAUUUUUUACUUUAAAAAUAGCCGAGUUACGAGAGAAUGAGAUGCAAAUAUCACUGUAUAGCACUAUCUCACUCGGCGAUGCAGUUAGCAUCAAGACUGUGACAGCUCAGUUGUUGUCUGUUGUUGCUAGUGUGAAGUGCUCCCGGCUUUCGCCAAAAACGUGACAUCACGAUAAUAUCAGCGUUUUUGUGUGAAAAGUAAGUAUUUAUAUUAUUUCUUUCUUCCUUCAAUAACAUGGUUCAACUUGUUAUCACAGUGUUCGUGAAAUUUUUAAAAAAUAUUAAAAUUUUAGGUUAUUGAUAUCACAGUUUUCUUGUAAAAAAUAUUAAUUUCACUUAGAUAACUCUUAUUGUAACAUUGAAGAUGAUAAUUUGAUUACACGUUAGCGAAAUUUAAUUUGGGUUAUUUGUAGAUGUGCUGAUUUUGCCGAAUAAUUUUAAGUCAGCUUAAAUAUUUAUUUCCACUUAUUACACUGUAUGUGCUAAUAAUAUUAUUUACAGAUGGGGUCGAGGACCAAAUUGAUGUUAGAGUUAGCAAGAAAAAAAAAAGAUGAUGAUGGUUGCGAUGUUGUUUCAAAUGAUACUCGUAACAUGGAUUCUUCAGAUACUCAAGAGAAUGAAAUGAUCGAAAAUUCAGAGACAACUCAAAACUAUCGCCGCCGUUCUAAAUUUACAAGUUCAUCGUCCAGUAGUUCUUCCAGUAGCUCCUCGUCAUCAUCUUUUGUAGAAGGUCGGUAAAACUUAAAAGCUAAGUAACCAAAACAAAUUAUUUGCAAAUUUUGUAUCCAUUUGUUAUUAUGUAUUCUUUAAUUUUCUUGCGCUGAUAAGUUUUUGACUGCCUGAUAACCUAAAGUGUACCUAAAUUUAUAACUUUACUAGAAUACAAAUCAUUAUCCUCUUAUUUAUACUUCUUGGCAGAUAGCGAUGACUCAGUUAAAGAUCCAGAUUAUCAAGAGUUACGUGAAAAAUCAAAAUUCAGAUUUACACUAGCUGAAUUUAGUGAAAUUCCAAUGACAUCUGAAAGGAACUCUCAAGAAAUAAACCAAAAUGAAAACAUGUCUACCGUCGCAAUAAAUGAAAAUACACUACCACAAGAUUUAUUGUAUCAGUCAAACAUAGCUACAACUGAAAAUCAAACUCCAAACUCAAAUGAAGAUGAAAUAGUUUAGACGCCUACAAAAAAGGGAAACAAAUGGCCAAGACAGGAAAGUUAUUGGAAGAAAAAUGUUGCUAAAAAUUUGAGAAAUUGUGGUAAGUCCUAUGUAUCAUCUAAAACUAAAAUAGUAAUGCCUGAACGAAUACUUAAGCCCCCUUGUAAAGAAACCUGUAAAUUUAAAUGCCGAUCCCUCAUUAAUGAAACCCAACGCCAAGAAAUUCUAAAUGAUUACUGGAAUUUGGGUGAUAUUGAAAGACAAUGGUCAUUUAUACUUCAGUCCAUUGAUGAAGUAAAGCCAGUACAACGUUAUGUUAGAAUUGAUGAAAAUAGAACUCCAGCACCGAAACGAAACAAUAAUAAUGCAUUCUUUUUUACUUUGCAAGGCGUAAAAAUAAGGGUUUGCAAGGACUUCUUUCGAAACACUCUGGCAAUAAAUAACCGACCUAUAGAAACUGCACUAAAGAAGAAAAAUAAAGAUACAAACAUCUCUUUAAUCAAAGAUAAACGUGGGUGUCACUCUAACCAUGCCCACGUAGAUGACAAUGGUGCAAAAGGUUUCAUUGAAGCUAUCCCUAAAAUUGAAUCUCACUAUUUGCGAGCUAAUUCAAAAAGACAUUACAUUGACGGAAGUAAGACUAUUUCGGAUAUUCACAGAGACUAUGUAGAACAAUGCAAGACUAAUAAUGUUGGUUUUGUUAAUUAUAUUAUGUUUUAUCGAAUAUUCACACAAGAAUUCAAUAUAUCUUUCUUUAUCCCUAAAAAAGACACCUGUGAGUUUUGUGAGGCUUACAAAAAUAGCACUGAAGAAGAAAAAGAAAUGAAGAAGGAAAGUUACUUAAAACACCACCAAGAAAAACUUUUAUCACGAAAUGAGAAGGAAAAGGAUAAUGAUGAUAAUAUAGUUGUUGCAGUUUAUGAUUUACAGGCAGUAUUUCAGUGCCCUAAAGGAGAAAUAUCUGUAUUCUAUUACAAAUCAAAACGGAACGUACUGAAUCUGACAAUUUACGAUAUUAAAAAUCACUUUGUCGAAUGUUAUGUAUGGGACGAAUCACAGGCUCAUAGAGGUGCCAACGAGAUUGCCACAUGCGUUUUUAAAUAUAUAAAAAAUAUUUCAGAGGGUGGCAAACCAGUUGACGUUGUUUUUUACUCUGAUAAUGCUGCUGGACAGCAGAAGAAUAAGUUCACGACGGCUAUGUAUUUUUAUUCUGUGCAGAACUAUCCAAAUAUAAAGUCUAUCACUCAUAAAUUUCUCAUUAAGGGGCAUACCCAAAACGAAGGCGACUCAGUUCACUCUCAGAUUGAACGGCAUGUGAAAAGGCAGUUGAGAUCUGGACCUAUAUAUACCCCUGAAGGUUUCAUAGGCGCCAUAAAAGCUGCCAGAAAGAAAUCUACGCCGAUUCACGUCAACGAAAUCUGUUAUAGUGAUAUUUGCGAUUGGAAAGCUGUAAUAAGUAAAGUAAAUUUCGUGCUUCAAAAGGAUGAAGAUAAAAAUACCAUUAAAAUUUCAGAGAUAAAAGUGUUUAAGCUCCUGAAAGAUGAGCCUGAUACAUUAUACUUCAAAACUUCUUACGCUGAAGAAUUCAAAAGAGCUAUCAUAAUAAAAAAGAAGGUUGAUUUUAACUUUCCCCUCAAGAAGGCUUUUGACAGAAAACCUGGUUUAGCUGAAAAGAAGAAAGAAGAUAUAUUUUCUCUGCUGAAUGGUAAUCACAUUCCUGAAUACUACAGAUCAUAUUUUGAAAGUUUGUAGCUUUUUAUUAACCUGAUUAAUUAAGAUAAGGAGUACUUUUUUUGUCUGAAGACUGAAUUAAUAUAGUUUUUGUUAAAAGUUUAUUAUUAGAAUUUUUAAUUUUGAUAUCAGUAUUUUUUCAUCUUUGAUGAUUCUGCUAACGUGCCAUACAUGAUUGUGAUAAUUAUUGUAAGCUUUUUUUACUAGGCCAAGCUUAGUUAUUGAUUGACUGUUGAAUAAAGACGAAAAGAAGUUAUAUGUGAUUUAAUUAUGUGCCUUAUUUUAAUGUCUUAAUUGUAAUUGAAGAUCUCAUCAUAAAUAUAUUUCUAAGUAAAACUUGUUAAGUACUAGUUACCACUAUUUUGAUAUUUCAUAUUGCUGUUAUAUUAAAGAAACAUUUUCGAUAUCAACGUUUUAUCAUUUCAUGACUCAACACGAUGCAACUUAGUUUAUCAUCUUCAACGUUACAUUUCAUUAUAACACAUCAAAAAUCUUGCAUAUUUCAGGAAAAUGGUGAUAAGUUUUCUCUUUUUUUUUUAAACGUAUAAAUUAUGGGUAUUCUCUUUGUAAACAUACGAUGACUAUACAUAAUUAAUUUGUUCAUUAGUUAACCUAUAAUACGUUCUAACAGAGUUAGGUCGUUCGAACAGUAUUUAAAAAAAUAAGAUCGUUCAAAAGUUUAAAAGUUGUUUCCUGUAAAGUUGGGGUUUUUGAGAUGUCACAUUGUCGUCGCAAGUGAACGAU